CUCCCCACACCCCAAACCAAACCCUCACCGGCUCGCCGCCACCAACUUGCCGGCGCGGAUUGGAGCACCCAACGCCGGCGCCCUCGCCGCUACUCUCUUCGCUGUUCGCGCGCCACGCAUCUGAUUGGCCGCUCUUUGCCUCCCUAGAGAUGGCGACGGGGUCCAUGGAGACGGCCCUCAUGAGCGAUCCGACGGCCAAGCUCCCCGACGACCUGCUGGUGGAGAUCAUCUCGCGCGUGCCGUACAAGUCCACCCGCUGCUGCAAGUGCGUCUCCACGCGCUGGCGGGACCUCAUCGCCCAUCCCGACCACCGCGAGAAGCUUCCCCGGUCGACCCUCGCCGGCUUCUUCUACAAAAUCUACGACCUAAAACGCCGUCCACCUGAUUCUCAUGGUUACCUAAGCGUCUCAGGAACUGGUGCCCCAUUGACGCCUCCCUCUCGUUCCUGCCAAAAUGCGAGAAGAUUGAUUUACUGGACUGCUGCAACGGCCUCCUCCUCUGUCGAUGUUCCAAGCCUUAUCCUGAAGAACCGGAUUACCUGGUGUGCAAUCCUGCCACUGAGAAAUGGGUAACCUUCCCUGCCAAUGAAUGGUCCUCGGACUCGUACGCUCGCCUGGGAUUUGAUCCGGCCGUCUCCUCCCAUUUCUAUGUGUUCGAGUUGGUACUUGAGGAUGAAGAAACAGACUGCAGUUUCCCGUUCGAGUGCAGAGGCUAAGUUGAGAGCUAUGGCUCUUCUGACGGCGGAGGUGACGUGGUUACGAUGGCUACUUGAGGAUUUUGGUGUUUCUGUUACUACACCUACCACCCUCUUGUCCGACAAUACAGGUGCUAUCAGUAUUGCGCGGGACCCCGUGAAGCAUGAGCUUACCAAGCAUAUUGGUGUUGAUGCUUCUUAUGUGCGGCUGCUGUGCAGGAUCAUGUUAUUGCUCUUCAGUAUGUACCUUCCAAGUUACAACUAGCGGACUUCUUCACAAAGGCACAGACUAGAGCGCAACAUAGAUUUCACCUCUCCAAACUCAGUGUUGUGGAUCCACCAUGAGUUUGAGAGGGGGGGGGGGAGUUAUAUUAGUGGUGACUUUUGGUCUUUUACAUUCUAGCCUUUUGGCAUUCUCAUGUACUUGUAUAUAUGAUGCCUUUGGCCUCCUAAUAAGAUUAAGUUGCUAUUCCUAACAAAAUGCUUAAACCGAGUGGAAGUUUUGAUGGUAUGAUUCCUUUCAGAACACAAGGUCUGAACAAAUGGAAUGACAACCAAUCUUAUUACUGGGAACUUCCGAAGGAUGGAUUUUGUGGUGAAACGAUGGACAUGAGCACCCCCGUUAUAACAGGAAAGCACGUUCUAUAUGACUUCCUCAUGAGCCAUUCUUUUGAUUUGUCUCUUUUUGCUUGGUAAGCAUUCGAUGUGCUUACGAGUUAGUCGCACAUAUUAAAUUUGAUUUUAAUUCAUGUGUCGUCACCUGCAGU